UCUCUGCGGCGCAAACAGCCAAGCCUUAGUGCCGCAUGGGGCUGUUAAGAUAACCUGUUGUUUACUCGAGCUUGCAGCAUUUUUGUCGAAAGUAGGAAUAAACUGUGAUAGAUAUUUAGAACAAGGCAUUUAUGAUAUUAUGGUUUAGUCAUAACGGUUCCGCUCCCUCAUCGGAAGUAAAUAAAAGUUUACACUGCUGAAUUACUAGCUCAGUAACGUUUUGUUUCAAAACUAGCUUUGAAAGCGAGAAUAGGAAUCACUGCCAUUUACAAUGAAUCAAGCACUGAUGGACUUUCAAAAUCACCUUGCACACUACGCUGACAUCCUGCCGGAUCGGGAAGCUGGUGAAAUUUUGAAGACUUUCAAAAUUAUAACCAAUAAAAAGAACUUUAUUUUCGACAUCUUCGAGACUGCAAAUACUACUCGCGGAUGCCUGUGCGACGAGGAUGUCCACGUUCUUAAAGAGGAAAAAGACAGCAUCGAAAUAGCUGAGGCAAAUUUUACGUCAGGGGUAACCGGUAUGCUUGAAGAUUGUCGCCAUGGAAAAGCUCAAAUAGACAAUGUGGUACAAUUUAACGCACAGUGGACGGAUUUUCUCUUACAACAAUAUCCUACCGGCAAACACCAACCGAUCAGGGAAAAAUUGGAUUUCAUUCAAUCGGCCAAGCAGCGCCGGAUUGAGUACAUUGGGCGUUCGGCACCGGAUGCGAUGAUGAGUUUCAACGCAGCUGAAGAUACGUUUGUGCUGUACUAUCACGAAAGCGCAAGUAAAAGGACCCAGACGAAUGGGCAGUCACGUUGGGCAAGUUCUUCAGUCUUGCGGAUGCAGCAGCACAGGAAUCGGAUGGAUCCAAAGCUUUCAUAAUCGUCGACUGUGAACUUAACGGUCAAAUGGGCCCCGAAGGCUCUAAAGGUAACGAAGUGGUGCACUAUCGCAACGGGCAGCCGAUGUACGAUGAGUUCGAGGAGGAUGACGGCGAAGAAGGCGUUCCGAUGGCGAAACCAACUAUUGCGCCGGUAAAAAGUCCGCAAGCACAGAAGCGUGGUGCAGUGGAACUGCCGUGCCCCGGUUCCAAUAGACCGGGUCGCUGCCCGCCGGAAAUGGUUCACAGCUGGAAGUGUGCUGAGUGUCACGAUUUGCUGGAGUACGGAUUUGAUGAUCACUUCUACUGCAAGUGUGGCAAAGCACCAGCGGAAUCGUUCACCUUUCACUGUGGUCAAAGAAAGCACGGUCUGCAGUAUCUUGGAUUUCAGCCAAGCGUAUUAUCGAAUCUGGUAGACAAGCUGAAAGCGUUCAAGGAAAUUAACAUCCUCAUUUUAGGUGAAACGGGAGUGGGAAAGUCAACGUGGAUCAACGGUUUUGUCAACUUUGUUACCUAUGCAACGUUGGACGAGGCGCUUCAGGAGCCGGUUUAUUUAAUUCCGGCUCAUUUCACCACUUUGGAUGAGAAGUACGAAAUGCAAAAGGUCACCAUGGGCAAAAGUGAUAACGAAGACGAAACACCUGGCCAAUCUUGCACGCAAAUGCCUAAAACGUAUGUCUUCCGCAAAGGAAACAACAUUAUACGGCUCAUCGACACCCCGGGCAUCGGGGAUACCCGUGGUGCGGAACAGGAUAAAAAGAAUUUCCAGUUCAUCAUGGACCACUUGUCGCACUAUGACAGUCUGCACGGUAUCUGCAUCCUGCUGAAACCCAACAACGCCCGGCUGACAGUGAUGUUCCGGUUUUGCAUUAAAGAAUUAUUGUCGCAUCUUCACCGGGAUGCUUGCGAGAACAUCGUGUUUGUUUUCACUAACGCGCGCAGCACUUUUUACCGUCCGGGUGACACCUACCAAGCCCUACAGAAACUGAUAGAAUCGUCCAAAGGAGUCAAUUAUCACGUCAACAUCACCUUGGGUCCGAACACGGUCUACUGCGUGGAUAACGAAGCCGUCCGAUUCAUGGCAGCACUGAAGUUUGGCAUUAAGUUCGGUGAAAGUGAACAAGAAAACUUUAAAAAAAGUUGGGAAACCUCGGUUAAGGAGACAAAUCGCCUGGUAGACUACGUUGCUAAUAGAUCACCCCAUAUGCUGCGCCAAACGCUAUCGCUUAACGAGGCCAGACGCCAGAUAUUGGCGUUCACAGAACCGUUAGCCCAUAUUACCAAGAAUAUUCAGACAAAUAUACAAGCAGCUGAUGACAAAGCGGACGAAAUCCUUCAUUUGCAGCACAGCCGAAAGGACCUCGAGGGCAGACUGUACGUCCCGUCCAUCGAUCUAGAAACCAUACCGCUGCCGUAUCCCCGGACAGUAUGUGUGGCCCAGAAGUGUAUUAAGAUGGUGGGGCAAAAGGCCAACUACAUUACACACUGCCACGAACACUGCUACUUAACAGGCAUAGAGCCGGGUAAAUAUCCACAGCCCGGCCUGCAGAGCUGUGCAGCAAUGGGCAAUAAGCAGACGUGUUCGCAUUGCGGAUGCAUAUGGGAGAUGCACAUGCACAUUGAAUACGAAAUCAACGAAGUAGAAGUUCCCAUGGUGGAUUCUAGCAUCCAGGCCUUGUUGAGCCAAAGAGAUGGCAACAUCUUGGCUGUGCAACAAACCAUACAAGAUCUGCAAGAUCGGAAAGCACAGCUGAACAACGAAAUGGACGAGAUCACCAAAGUGGCGACCAAGUUUGGGUAUUUCUUGAAAUCCAACGCCAUGAUCCCGUAUAAUGAUUCUAUGGAAGACUAUCUACAGUAUUUGAUCAGAGCCGAAGAGGAAAAGGUUGCCAUUGGGGCGAGCCGAAAAGGUCUGGAAGACUAUCAGGGCAUGCUGCAGCGGUACCGAGAAGAGAAAAAACUGCUCGAACAGGCCAUGGCUAGUGGGGCCAACCACGCGCAGAUCACCGCAACCGAGAUCGACUCCGCCAUUAAAUCCUUGUAUAGUCUGCCAAUCAAUGGGCAAGUGAUAAAAAACUUGGUUGAAACCAAAAACUGGACUUCCGGUCAGCAAAUGGAACACGCGGAGACGAUUUAUAAACCGGCACCUCAAUAUAAAAAACAAAAGAAGCAGUCGAAUAAAAAGGGGUUAUUGGAAAGAGGGGUUGAUUAUGUAGCCAACUUGUGGACGGGAGGCGACCGCAAUCGGAAUCAAUAUGGGAAAAGUGAUUACGGGGGAAAUUAUGCCAAUGGUAAUCAUGGCUACCGAGGGUAUCAGCAAGCAUACCCCCCUAAGGGGCACAAUUAUAACUCGCAGUAUGGUCAUAGUAAUAGGGGAGCAUACGGGUAUGGCGCUGAUCGAUACGCACCGCAGAAUACCUAUCGGCCGGGCAGCCAUUCCCAGACGGACCCUUAUGCCGGCCGGGGCCCUAGUUCGGCGUACCGUGGUCAGCCACCGAACCCUUCGAUGUAUCAAGAGCCCACGCGAGCUAUGCCGGCACUAGACUCGUACAACCGCCGGCAAAACAUAGACCCGCUCCGCAGCACUCCGCCAGGGCUCCCUCCAAAUUAUCCCAAACCUCCCGGUUCUAGGGAUGAUUAUCAUUUGGGAAACAACUACAAUAACGGCAGGGCAUCUCCGGCGUAUGGUGGAAAUUUGCAACCGAGUCCGGUACAGCUCUUCAAUAAUACGCCUAACGAAUUUCAAAGAACAACGCAGUCCCAAGUACCGUCAUACCAACACCACCAAAAAACGCCUGCGCAUCAGGCCGCACGCGACAAUAGGAACAGCCCACUUCAAGCUGCCCGUCCGGGGCCGCAGGUUACGAACGCCUCCACUGGACCAGAUUACUCUGGCAACCGCCGAGUGGUACCUCAGAAGACCACAUCCCCUGGAAGCCAGUAUGGUUCCUCGUUAACGCCGCCGGAAGUCAAGAAGGGUGAGCAACAGCAACCGUCAUCAGCCAACCAAAAGGCCCAAUCAAUGCCGAGCUAUCAAUCGUCGAGUGCAAGCAACUUAGCUCCGCCAGGCAUUAAUCAACCAAACAGAGACCUAUCAGCGGGUGCAGCCGGUGCGGGAACCUCGACGAUGCCGACGCCAUACAAUGCCACCACCACAAAACCACACCAGGGUAGCGCUGCGUCCACGUUAAAUCAAAAGCCGGUGCCAAUGCCAUCGUAUCAACCAAAGACGAGCAGUGCUGCCGUGCACAAUUCACCACAAUUUGAUCGCACGGGGCCGAAUACACAGUCCUCAGCUACAUCGUUGAAUAAUGACUUUCAACAAGGAGCACAAACGUUUGGUAGUUUACCACAGCAGAAUCUAGAAAAACCGACAACGGCAAAUAAAAUGCCCUUGAAGCCCUACAUUCCCAAACCGACCGACUCGACAUCCGCUGGGCAGGAAGAGGGGUCGCAUACAGUUACCAACGGAAUGGAGAAUAUGAAUAUAACGCUGAAAAAAUAUGGAAAGUAGAAACAGCAAUCUGUGCUUCGUAUGUGGGCCGAUAUUUUCCAGAUGAUUUGACUUUAGUUUUAUUGAUGCUAACAAUUAUAAAUUACCAUAUUUCCACAUGA